GUCCAACUUCCUGGGCAAUGAUGAAGUGACGAAUUUAUCGAGGCGGUGGCAAAGAUCAGACAUGAACGUCCAUCACCUUGAUAAGCGAAGCCAAUGGUUAGCGGUGAGGAUUUUCUUGCCGAACUUCCAUGGAAGAACGAAUGUGACAAAAGUUGGAGAUUUGCACGAGGCCAUGCUUCAAAGCAUGACUGAAGAUAGAAGCUUCGAUGAUGUCUUGCCAGCCUACAAGACGUUCGCCAACAACGUCAUGCUUCUCCAAGGAACAAGGCUUGUGCACUACAACUGGGAUCGGUUUAAGCUGCAGGUACAUGACUUGGAGACGCUGGAUGCCUUUAUUGAAGCCAUCAUUGCGGAGAACCGACCCCUGCCAGCAUUGCCUGCUGUUCCGCCUCCGGGUCUAGCCGCCAGUGGUGCCAGUGAUCAAGCUCAGCCGUCAGUGGUGCCUGUUGCCUAUCAAGCUCAGCCGCCAGUGGCACCUGUUGCCUGUCAAGCUCCGGUGCCGGUGCCA